AUGGUGUUGUUGAGGAUGAUGGACAGGUUAUUCAAAAACAAGCCUCCCAAAACAGAGGAAGAUGAGGAUGCCUCUCAGGCAGGCGUUAACAAGGCCAGUAAAGGAGGAAUCAUCUAUGGGGACUACUUGCAGCUCGACAAAAUCGUCUCGGCCCAGGUGUUGCAGAGUGAAGUAAAGGGGAAUAAAAUCCAUGAUGAGCACCUCUUCAUCGUCACCCAUCAAGCAUAUGAACUGUGGUUCAAACAGAUUUUGUUUGAACUUGAUUCGGUGCGACAUCUCUUCAUCAGUGGACAUGUCAGAGAUGAACGCAACAUGCUGAAAGUCAACAAUCGCAUCCACAGGAUUGUGAUGAUCUUUAAGCUGCUGGUCGACCAGUUCGCGGUUUUGGAAACAAUGACAGCCUUGGACUUUUUUGACUUUAGGGAAUACCUGGCUCCAGCCUCUGGAUUCCAAAGCCUUCAGUUUCGGCUCUUGGAGAACAAAAUUGGGGUCCCGGACAACCUGAGGGUUCCAUACAACCGACGCCAUUACAGGGACAAUUUCAAGGGUCAUGAGAGUGAGAUGCUGCUCACCACAGAACAGGAGCUGACACUUUUAAAACUAGUCGAGGAGUGGCUGGAGAGAACUCCUGGCUUGGAGGUGGACGGAUUCAAUUUCUGGGAAAGGCUGGAAAUCAAUAUUUUUGAUGGGCUGAAACUGGAAAAGGAGAAAAUCGAGAAAAUGGAAGAUUCUGAGGAUAAGGAAGAAAUGAUGGCUGAACUGGUCAAACAGAAAGAGCUGUUUACUUCUCUCUUUGAUGAAAAGCGACAUGACCAUCUCCUUAGCAAAGGUGAGAGGCGGCUCUCUUACAAGGCUCUCCAAGGUGCCCUGAUGAUCAACUUCUACAGGGAAGAGCCGAGGUUCCAGGUUCCUUUCCAGCUGCUCACAUCUCUCAUGGAUAUCGACACCCUCAUGACAAAAUGGCGAUACAAUCAUGUCUGCAUGGUGCAUCGUAUGAUUGGCAGCAAAGCCGGCACAGGGGGUUCAUCUGGCUACCACUACCUGAGAUCUACUGUCAGUGACCGCUACAAAGUGUUUGUGGAUCUGUUCAAUCUGGCAACGUUCCUGGUGCCUCGCCACUGGGUGCCCAAGCUAAAUCCCAACAUUCACACGUUCCUCUACAUGGCCGAAUGUUGCGACAGCUCCUACUGCAGCAGUGAAGACUCAGACUAAGGGAAUCAAUCCCAGUCAUCUGGCUUACUUUUUCACCGUAACUGACCUCAAAA